AUUGCUUAGAUCCAGCGCCCAAAGCACCAGCAACAAAACACACCCUCACAUUCCGCUCCAUCGCUUCAGGUUUCGCCAAUAACUACAAACUUCUGUCCUUGUAGAGCAACACGAAAUACACAAGAUGUCUUUCCUCUUCGGCGGCCGCCCCCAGCUCUCCUCCGAGCAGAAGAUUGCAGCAGCAGAGACCGAGAUCGAUAUGGUGUCCGACAUGUACAGCCGUCUGCUCAAGUCCUGCUCCGCGAAAUGUGUCGACACAGCGUAUCGCGAAGCCGAUCUUAACAAGGGCGAGUCGGUCUGCCUCGACCGCUGUGUGUCCAAGUUCUUCGAGGUCAAUGUCAAGGUUAGCGAGAAGAUGCAGGGUGAGGCGCAGGGGAAGCAGGGAUUCCCCGGUGCAAUGUGAGGCACUGGGUAUGCAAUGAGGACAAGAGGAAGCUAAGAAGAGAAGCAAAUCGACAUGACAGGCGGCAUUGCAAAUAAGCAAUGGGCACAAAUCCUGUGGCGCGAAGGAUCUACACUCUGCCUCCGACUCGGCGCUCUGUGUUGCAACACCGAUCACGUCUUAGUGUGGACUUGUACAAUAUGUAUAUCACAUGCGCCGUUUAGCUUGGCCAUCAUGAAUUGAAAAAGGUUACAUAACAA